AUGGCAUUCCAGUGUCCUUCGUGCGGCAAAGGUGGUUUCAAGGAUGAUGUAGCUGUUGCUCGUCACAUGAGCCAACCUCGCUCUGGCUGCAGUACAUGGCUGCAGGAUUUGAUAUGCUCGCGCUCCGAGGGCUACACGUUCCUUGACUUAUUCAAUUCAGAUGAGAACAGCAAACACCGUGCAACAAAUCCAUAUUAUCCAUUCAGUGGCCAGAAAGACUGGGAAGUUGGGUCAUGGCUACUUCACUCUGGAUUAAGCAUGGGGAAGAUAGACAGUUUUCUUUCGCUCGACAUGAUAAAGACCCUUCCGUUGUCGUUCCAUUCGGCCAAGGAACUGCGCGGCAGAGCGGAAAUGUUGCCUAGUGGCCCAUGCUGGAUGUCUCAAGUAGUACCUACAGCACAUCCCACGAAAUCGCCCAUUGUCUUGUAUUGGCGUGAUCCCUUAGAUUGUAUUUCGGGCCUUCUCAACCACCCUGCCUUUCACGACCAUCUAGACUUUACGCCUCGCAGGGUGUAUAGCACUGCGCAGCGGCUGUGUCACGUGUAUUCAGAGUGGAUGACUAGUGAUGAUGCGUGGAAUAUGCAGUCAGCCCUACCAAGAGGUGCAACACUCCUGGGGACCAUCUUAUCGUCUGACAAGACGAAUAUAUCAACCAUGACAGACGACAGAUCAUCUUCGAAUGCCUUUGUGCUUACCGCUCUACUUCCCGUCCCAAAAUUCAUCCACAGGAAAAAACGCAUGCGAGGCGUACUUGAGGAUCGCCUCAUUCAUGAAUGCUUAGAUAUUGUUCUCCGUCCACUCAAGCUGGCUGCUCACGAAGGAGUCAUGCUAUCGGACCCUGUUGGACACACAACUACACUCUCCCAGCUGGACAUUGCACGGAGUAAAGCUGAUCCCAACGACAUCGAGGCAUUUUUUCGCGAAGCACAGAAGUUUCGUUUGAAUGGCGUGAAUGCACCAUUCUGGAUGGAUUGGGUCCUCAGUGAUCCAUCACAUUUUCUCACUCCCGAAUUUCUUCACCUCAUUCAUCGUGAGUUCUACGAUCACGACGCAAGUGGCUUAUUUAUUGACUUUCGGUUCUCUGUGUUGCAGGCUGUCACUGGGUUCCGUCAUUUUCAUGGCGGGAUUUCAAAGCUCAAACAGGUUACAGGACGUACUCAACAUGACAUUCAACGCUCGAUCAUUGCAGUCAGUGCGGAUGCAAUACCUAGCGCAGUGAUGACUGCUGUACGAGCUCUGAUGGACUUUCGAUAUCUCAUACAGUCACCCGUAAUUGACGACAUCCUACUCGCCCGAAUUUCCACUGCACUUGAUCAUUUUCACGCUAACAAAGAUGCUAUUAUAGAGGGUGGAUUUCGUCGUGGUCAGCGUGGCAGACUCAUGCAGUCCAUAGUUCCAAGCAUAAGGAACAUUAGAGUUUCUCUGCAAUGGACAGCUGACACCACGGAGCAUGCCCACAUAACGGAAAUCAAAAGUCCUGCUCACUUGAGCAAUAAUAAUAAUUAUGAUCCCCAGAUAUGUCGCCAUCUUGACCGUGCUGAUAAAUGCCGCCACUUUGACCUCGCUAUGAGUCUGCUCGACAAUGUCCCAGACUCGGGGCAGCAGGAUCCAGAUGAUGAUGAGAAGGAUGAGAAUGUCGAUUUCGACGUGGACGACGAUUGCAAUAUCCCAGCAGAUCUUCUUACGACAAUGAAAUACCCUGGACAUUCGCGUCCAAUCACCAAUUACUUUGGAAUUGCCAAGGUCCUCCAGCACAGGGAAGUGGGGACAGUCCCUGUGCCACUGCGCUCAUUCGUUGUCAAACACACAGCAUUUCACCUCACCUACGACCCUUCUAUUAGAAAUAUAUCUGUUGACGAUGCUGCCAUUAAGUUUGCUAUUGCUGACUUUCUUCGUCGUGAGGCUACUCACGGGAGGGAUCACAUACAUACUAUUGGGGGGGCUAGAAGAGCUGGACCUACUGCUUCACUUCCCUUCGACAAACUUCAAGUCUGGUUUAAACUUUGGGUGCAGGACACCAAUUUCCACCAUGCUAGCAUCAUACGGCCUGCACAGACCCUCAACUGUGCACCUCCUUCUGAUCCCUGGACAUGUGGCCAGUAUGACACAGUCAUUAUUAACAACGAGGCGGGGUACUUAUGGCCAGAAGAUGGUCUUCGUGGUCAUACGAUUGGCCAAAUCAGGCUUAUCAUGCGUGCUAUUGGAAAAAGUGGCACGAAUUGGUCAUGGAAGGACCACUUUCUGGUUUACGUGCAUCACUUUGACAUUGUUUCUCAAAGCUCCGGUGCUGAUGAUCGUGAGCCAAUGAAGCGUUCGAAUGGCACUUGGGUGGGCGAUGUCAUACCUGUGACACAGCUCAGAGCACCUGUCAACCUUGUCCCUUGCUUCAGUGCAAGUGCGGACAACCGUCUCACCCCAUAUAAUAGCAUGGAACAUGCUUCUCAGUUUUGGCUCAACAGGUAUUGGGAUAAGAAUGUAUAUUUUCCCCUUUCCAUGUAG